AUGGUGUGUUGUUGUGUUAUUUGUAAAUAUUUAAGUAAUGUGUUUUAGAAACAAAGAAGUGUUGUUUGUAAUAAGAUCCUGAGGAAUUCCAAUAUAAAAAAUGGCGACCAUGAUGAAGGAGAAGCCUCGUGCGAAGAAGAAAAGCAAAGAGAAACGCGUUACAAGUACUGAGAUGCCUGAAGCUGUGCCUUCUACAAGUAAUGUGCCAUUAGUUGAAAAGAGUAUCGCUUCCGCUCAAGCCAAUAUUGUACAAGAUAAAGUCGAUAUCCCUUUUCCUCUAGCUGUUACUGAACAAGAUAACGUCGAAAAUACAGAUUUACCUAGUACAUCUACUCAUGAACAGACUGUGUUAAGUGUAAAUGAAUCCGCUCAAAAAGAAUCUUUAAUAGAAACAGAUCAAAGCUCAAUUCCAAUUGCAGAAACCUCGAAAAUUCAGAGUCAAAUAUCAUCACAAGGUCAGUCUUUAGAUCCAACACAAAGUGCCUAUAAAGAUGUGUGCCAUAGUCUAGAUAUAGUCACUCUUAAAGAUGUUCCAGUGUCCGAUCUACCUAUAGAAGAACUGGAAACGAAAUUAAAAGAAUCAGCAUUAGCUGAUAUAAGUCAAGGUACUGACCAUAUCCAACCAGUUGAAGAAACAACUGAAAAUGUAUCAACUGGUGUGAUAGAAAAUGUAGCACCAUCAGCUCCUAUAUUCGAAGAAUCAAUGAUCUCGGAAACACCCCAUGAACUUCAAACGCCAAAUGAAGUUAGACUGGAAAAAUUACAAUGUAUACCCCUAGAAGUGGCGAUGCACAUAUUUGGUGGGAAAGAGAUGGCGGAAGUGAGGGAGAUGAGUGAGAGAGAGGAAGCUUUGGCAGAAGGUGGGAAGCAAUUGAGGCCAGAACAUCCUUUGGUGGACUUAUUGUCUACAUACAGAUGUUCAGCCAUAGCAUUAGAACAAGAAAUGGAAAAGGUUGUCAAAGGAUACCAGGAUGAGGAAAAGAGUAGAGCAGCUCUAUGGAAAGUUGAGAAGAAGACUGUGUCGGUCACACAGAAGUGUGGCCAGUGUGAGCGCAGCAUCUCUUACACAGGGACUUACGAGCACGCUACACUGCUAAAGGAAAAGCUCCCGGCCGCUCAACUUCGCUUGGAAGGCUUGCUGAAAGACGUUAACGAGUCCUAUUGCACGUACCAACAUCAAGCAUUGUUGGCUUACUAUCAGAUAGAAGAAUUCAUCUCAGAAACCGUCCGAGGCAACGUAGGAGACAUCAGAGAAGCCCUAACUCUAGUACUUCAGGAGUUGCGCGCGAGCAGCUCCAUUACCUGUCUGAAGAUGGACUACUUCACGGACUCCUUGAAACGCUGGGCUCGAGCUUUAUGUGGAGCCUUACUUUCUAAGAGUGAUGUGAGACAGCUACUAUUCCUGCUUCACCAGCUAUUUAGACAAACUCAUUCAGUACGAUGGGCGGCACCUCUGAUUAGACUCCCCAUGUGCGAUACCAGCGACGCGGCGCGGGCUCUGGCCAUAUUGGACCUUAUGUUGUCUGCACCGGUCUUGGAAACGGCUAAGGAGUGUACUGAAGAGAACGAGGAGAUGUGGGAGGAGGUGGACCGGCACGGAGGCGCCGGGGCCGUCAGCGAGGGCGCCCUGAGGGAGCAGGACCUGCUCGCGCUGCUGAAGGCGCUCCCGCUGCGGGCGCUCGCGGCGCGGCUCGCGCUGCUGCAGCGGACUAGCGAGAUGUGGGAGGAGGUGGACCGGCACGGAGGCGCCGGGGCCGUCAGCGAGGGCGCCCUGAGGGAGCAGGACCUGCUCGCGCUGCUGAAGGCGUUCCCGCUGCGGGCGCUCGCGGCGCGGCUCGCGCUGCUGCAGCGGACUAGCGAGAUGUGGGAGGAGGUGGACCGGCACGGAGGCGCCGGGGCCGUCAGCGAGGGCGCCCUGAGGGAGCAGGACCUGCUCGCGCUGCUGAAGGCGUUCCCGCUGCGGGCGCUCGCGGCGCGGCUCGCGCUGCUGCAGCGGACUAGCGAGAUGUGGGAGGAGGUGGACCGGCACGGAGGCGCCGGGGCCGUCAGCGAGGGCGCCCUGAGGGAGCAGGACCUGCUCGCGCUGCUGAAGGCGCUCCCGCUGCGGGCGCUCGCGGCGCGGCUCGCGCUGCUGCAGCGGACUAGCGAGAUGUGGGAGGAGGUGGACCGGCACGGAGGCGCCGGGGCCGUCAGCGAGGGCGCCCUGAGGGAGCAGGACCUGCUCGCGCUGCUGAAGGCGUUCCCGCUGCGGGCGCUCGCGGCGCGGCUCGCGCUGCUGCAGCGGACUAGCGAGAUGUGGGAGGAGGUGGACCGGCACGGAGGCGCCGGGGCCGUCAGCGAGGGCGCCCUGAGGGAGCAGGACCUGCUCGCGCUGCUGAAGGCGUUCCCGCUGCGGGCGCUCGCGGCGCGGCUCGCGCUGCUGCAGCGGACUAGCGAGAUGUGGGAGGAGGUGGACCGGCACGGAGGCGCCGGGGCCGUCAGCGAGGGCGCCCUGAGGGAGCAGGACCUGCUCGCGCUGCUGAAGGCGCUCCCGCUGCGGGCGCUCGCGGCGCGGCUCGCGCUGCUGCAGCGGACUAGCGAGAUGUGGGAGGAGGUGGACCGGCACGGAGGCGCCGGGGCCGUCAGCGAGGGCGCCCUGAGGGAGCAGGACCUGCUCGCGCUGCUGAAGGCGUUCCCGCUGCGGGCGCUCGCGGCGCGGCUCGCGCUGCUGCAGCGGACUAGCGAGAUGUGGGAGGAGGUGGACCGGCACGGCGGCGCCGGGGCCGUCAGCGAGGGCGCCCUGAGGGAGCAGGACCUGCUCGCGCUGCUGAAGGCGUUCCCGCUGCGGGCGCUCGCGGCGCGGCUCGCGCUGCUGCAGCGGACUAGCGAGAUGUGGGAGGAGGUGGACCGGCACGGAGGCGCCGGGGCCGUCAGCGAGGGCGCCCUGAGGGAGCAGGACCUGCUCGCGCUGCUGAAGGCGUUCCCGCUGCGGGCGCUCGCGGCGCGGCUCGCGCUGCUGCAGCGGACUAGCGAGAUGUGGGAGGAGGUGGACCGGCACGGAGGCGCCGGGGCCGUCAGCGAGGGCGCCCUGAGGGAGCAGGACCUGCUCGCGCUGCUGAAGGCGUUCCCGCUGCGGGCGCUCGCGGCGCGGCUCGCGCUGCUGCAGCGGACUAGCGAGAUGUGGGAGGAGGUGGACCGGCACGGAGGCGCCGGGGCCGUCAGCGAGGGCGCCCUGAGGGAGCAGGACCUGCUCGCGCUGCUGAAGGCGUUCCCGCUGCGGGCGCUCGCGGCGCGGCUCGCGCUGCUGCAGCGGACUAGCGAGAUGUGGGAGGAGGUGGACCGACACGGAGGCGCCGGGGCCGUCAGCGAGGGCGCCCUGAGGGAGCAGGACCUGCUCGCGCUGCUGAAGGCGCUCCCGCUGCGGGCGCUCGCGGCGCGGCUCGCGCUGCUGCAGCGGACUAGCGAGAUGUGGGAGGAGGUGGACCGGCACGGAGGCGCCGGGGCCGUCAGCGAGGGCGCCCUGAGGGAGCAGGACCUGCUCGCGCUGCUGAAGGCGCUCCCGCUGCGGGCGCUCGCGGCGCGGCUCGCGCUGCUGCAGCGGACUGACAUAACCCAAACCCGUCCAUACGAAUGGGACCACGUAGCGCGGGACGUGGUCCGUGCGUGCUGCGGCGUGCGCACGCUGCUCGCCGUGAUCACGCGCGCCGCGCGCACGCACGCUCCGUACCCGCGCCUGCGCGCGGAGUUGCGCGCGCUGGGACACCACGCUAUGUGGGCCGUGGCUGACCUGCAUAAACAUAACAGAGAAACGUACCCCAAAGAGCUAUCAAUCCAAAUCGAAGCCGAGCUGGAAGCCAUAUUCAUCGCCGGCUGGUUACUCGAGACGACGGAGCCCUCGGGCUGCGAGGCUCCGCCCGCGGCGUUACUGCGGUCUGCUCAAAUAGAAGCCGAGCUGGAAGCCAUAUUGAUCGCCGGCUGGCUACUCGAGAGCACGGAGCCCUCGGGCUGCGAGGCUCCGCCCGCGGCGUUACUGCGGUCUGCUGUCCGCCAGGCCUAUUGCGUGGCCCUGAUGACCCACUUACACGAGAAACAACCACUGGCGAUAGACUGUCUAUCGCUAUCGCUCUCUCUUUCCUGCGGGCAGUGCGUACACGUCGCUUCACAAGUCGCAAGUUGCGAGGAUAGCGCCGACAUCCCAGCGAUGGUUAUCGAUUUCCUUGUCCAGGUGGCACUAAAACCCAAGAGACACUGCAACGGCGCGUGCUUGGACGCGGCCCGAGAAUGCCUCCCCGAACUGCUGUCGCGACACGACUAUCUAUACACCAGGGCGGUGCAUAGCAUAGCUUACGUGCAUCAGUUGGAACCAUUGCAACCAACGGCGGCCAUUUUGAAACCCUUCUGCCUUCAAAGAUGGCGGCCGUCGACGGGCGAGAUACGCGCCGUGCUCGACGACUGGUCGCAACGCAGCGCGCAACUGUUGCCGUGUCUGUUACAAGAACUCAGUUACACACCUUACGAUGGUCUGUCAUUGGAGUCGCAGCUGACGAUUGGGUCGUGGCUGUGCGGGCUGCCGUCGCCCGCGCCGGACUGGGCGUGGAACGUGCUGGUGCGACUGCGCGUACAUAGGUCUAGCUGGCGCCUGCCGCUGGACGCCCCUCCGCCUGAGUAUACGCAAAAUAUAUUUGCGGAAGCUUAUGCGGUGCUGUCCAGUUCAUGGGGACAUUCGUUACCACUGAUCUGCGAGUACGGCGCCCCCGCGCUGGUCCGCGUGGCGGCUGCGCGCGCGCCGGUCGCCGCGCACGCGCUGCCCCUCGUGAUGGCCGCCAUGAUGCACUCGCCGGCGUCCGUCUCGCUCACACCACAGUUCUCAUCGUUGACUAGCACGCUACUAGCGCCGCCACAGUCACUAGUGCAAUGGGCGCGCGGUGAGAAAGCAGCCACGCCCGAUAUCCUGCUGAGGAGGAUGCUGGUUCAUGUGGAAAAUCAGCCUUCCCCAGCGGACCGAGAGGCGGCGGUGUCGACGUGGCUACAAGCGCUGUGUCACACGGGGCUGACGGGCGCUCCGCUGGCGGCCGCUGAUGCUCUGCUACUGACUACGCCCAACUAUAACAUACAGGAGGCACUGAAGCCCGAAGUUAUCUCUCAUUUGGUCUACAAUGCCGCUCACGCGUCGCUGACGUGCGCAAGCGCGUUACUUGCAGCGCACGCGCAGAAUGAACUGCCCAUUCUGUACCCUCGACUGCUGCAACUACUCGCGGAACAACGCGCGCAUGGACAGAAGAUACACGUCGACAAUGCUCUGAAGGUCGAAGUAAUCUCCCAUUUGGUCUACAAUGCCGCUCACGCGUCGCUGACGUGCGCAAGCGCGUUACUUGCAGCGCACGCGCAGAAUGAACUGCCCAUUCUGUACCCUCGACUGCUGCAACUACUCGCGGAACAACGCGCGCAUGGACAGAAGAUACACGUCGACAAUGCUCUGAAGCAAAUAGGAUGCGGUGUAACCUCGGACGAGUUGGUAAUACAUCAGACUGCCGCGGCUCUGCUCGCGCCGGCGGGGUAUCCAUCUCUGCCUCUUUGGCGGCUGCUGAUGUAUUUAUAUCUGCACUCCUCCAAUAUUUCCUCAGACCCAGCCCCAAUCGGACCCCUAUUCUUUUCCGGUCUCGUCAAAUCCCGGACCUUGGCUCAACUGAAGAAACGUCUCCACGAAACCAUUCUGUACCACCACAAUCAAUACCAAACCUUCAAGGGCUUACUUAACAGACCUAAACCUAAAUCUAAGUCUAGCUCGCCUGAAACUUUACCGGCGACGUCUAUUGGUGAUUUGACGGGUAGUGAGAGUGAGACGGAUAGUGAGAUAGACGAUGUGUCGGAAAAUGAGGAGAGGCGGAGAGUCAAUGUGAAUAUGUUGGCGUAUCAUGAGGGGGCUGAAAAGAUGCUACGUGAAUACAGUUGCUGGCUGGAGGCGGGCGAUAGAUUACGCGCCACGCCGCACCACGCUGAUAUUGCACGCUUCAUACCGGCCGCUGCCUUGAACACAGCGUGGGCGGAGCAUCUAAACUCUAUCCGUCCCGCUCGGUCCAAUGAGGAUGACGAUUUGCGAGCCCCGAGACGACCGUCUUCGCCCGAGCCUCCUCUAACACCACUUCAGAGCGCCGUGCAGAGGAUUUUUAAGAUCAAAGAUCGCUCUGAAAAGAGGGCGCAGAUACUUGAAAUCACGUCGCCAGUGGGUGACGUUGACUUCGACCACCCGCGUCAGCUUUAUAUGCUAGUCGACAAACAUCUGGCCGACGUAGAAACCUUUGCCAGACAGUGGUCGUCAGACGUGAAUCGCGUCGCAACGUUAGACACCAAGCUAUGGCCACUGGUCUCAAGCCUGCGUUACCGGAAAACACUACCUUCCGUGCGCAAGACCUGCCCCAACAAUUGCGGAGUCAUCGUGCUAGAUCUACAGGGAAGUUGUGAGUGGCCCAUUUCAGAAAACGCCACUCGAGGACUGGCCGAAAACAGGUCGAGUGCAAAAACGGCACUGCGUGACUUGCUGCGCGCACGCCCCAAUGAAGCCAAGACUGUUGCCGCUUUGAACACUAUUGCCAGACGCAUCAACAGCCGUGAAACGGCCGUGAACGUGGCGCAGCGCGUGUGGGCCUGCGCGGGCGCAGUCGCCGACUGCUGCGCGGCGCACGCGGCUCUCACGGGCGUGCUGGAACUCCUGGCCGAUAGAUGGAUCUGUUCGGACAACGCUUCACUAACAGCGCUGGUCCCGCAGUGGUGCGCGCACGCAUCGUCGCCGGCGCAGCGGGCGCUGUGCCGCGCGCUGCUCGGCCGCUCACACGCCGGUGCGCACGCGCUGUACGCGGCGCUGCUGCGGGCGCUGUGCGGCGCAAGGCCCCUCGAACCGCAGCGGGCGUUCAGCUACCUGUCCAAGUUCGACUUGACACGAUCGGUAGACGACGCAGCACGCGGCGAGAUGUUAGAAGCGGUGAUGGGUGCCGCGCAGCGCUGGGGCCGCGACCCCGAUCCUGACUUACACGUACUUCUAGAGUUGCUCGGCGUCCACAUCGUAAACCUCACAACGGCAGUACAGCUCCCUACAGUGGCCCUAAAUGCUGCACGCGCGGCCGCAGCGGGUCAUUUGCCACCUAUGAGCUUAGGGCACGUAGCGCGCACCGCCGCCGUGGCCAAACACGUGCCCUUUGAUCAGUUGGGUCACCUUCUACGUGAGCUGGGCGUGCUUUGGUGGCGCGCGCGCGCCGAUCUCCAAACCUCAAGCGCAACGUACCACGAGUCGUACGCCGAGCACGUUGCGGCGUUGCAGCACGCGUUGCAGCGCGCGUUCGUCGCACAAGGUGUUGCGCUCAGCUACGCACCCGAGAGAGUGGCCGCCUACGCGUGGUCAGCCCUACAAGAGUCGUGGUCGGCGUGGGUGUCCCCGCACCCGUCCCUGCCGCCGCUGCUCCCCGCCGAGCCUCACGCCACGAUGCUCAAACAGUUCCUCGACAACAUACAUCAAUGCAUGUUGGACUGCCCAGGUUGCGAAGAGCACCUCCUAAGUCAAGUGUGGGAGUGGACGAUCCAGGUCUACCUGAAUGUGACCAGUGCCCUAACCGCUGCCAGAGACAGCAGAGUCCAGUUGUCGGAACUACUGGCGGAGCUGGGCAAGUUGCCCUGGAGUGAACACCAGUGGCCUGGCGCUAACUGUCUUCCCGCUGCGCUGCAGAUAAGUACAAGCAUCGACUUGGAGAUCCAAACUUGGCUCGCGGACACUCUUCGGGGCGUGGAAGCCAGCACCUGGUUACGCGGCGCUCAAGACUGCGACAUCGCUCCGCGUCUAGCCGCGUUGCUGCAACUGUUCGCCGGACCGUUGCGGCUACGGACUGAGUUUGAUACACUUGGUAGGUUGGAAGCCAGCACCUGGUUACGCGGCGCUCAAGACUGCGACAUCGCUCCGCGUCUAGCCGCGUUGCUGCAACUGUUCGCCGGACCGUUGCGGCUACGGACUGAGACCUUAGAACAGGCAGUACACCUGCCGUGGCAGCGGCUACCAGAAAUGGCGUUGGACCAGGCGCUACAGCGGUUCUUCGUUGAUCACCACAACCCCCAGCAUCCGUACCACGACACGCCACAGUUUAGGGUAAUAUUAGCGGCUAGCGGCCUGGAGCCGGCCUGCGCGUACGCACGGGCGCGGCGCGCGUGCGCCGUGUCGCAGUGGACGCGCGCCGCGAGCGCGCCCGCGCUCGGCGGCCAUGUUGGAUCACAGGCGCGGGAGCUGUUACUGUUGCUCGCUGCACAAGAACCGUAUGUGGAGGAAAGUAGUGACGAGUUAGAAGAACUUUUGUCCCGUGCCGUGGUCAUCAUGUGCAUGGAGCCUGCCGCUGCGGAGGCUCUGCCGGUGUGGGUAAAAUGGAUCGGUGGCGCCACGCCGCGGAUGCUCAGAGCAAUGUUGUCGGCGGCGCGAGCUCUCACCACCUUGGAUUACUUCGGGUCCAUCGCCGACGCCGCCGCUGCGGCUUUCAUGAAUGCGGGUGGAACGUGGGGUGAGAUAGCAGCGCGCUGGCGCGGCUGCGCGUGCGCAGAGCCCGGCCCGCUCCUGCAGCGCGGGCGCCUACACGCUGCCUACGCGCUUGCGCAGACACAGCCCUUCAGUGCGAUCGACCUGACCUCUGUCGCUAAUUUGUAA